CAAUGUGGCAACUCGGUCGCUUUUUAUUUUUUAUUUUGUUAUUUACAUUUGUCGAGAAUUAUCAACAUAAUGAUAUUUUUAAAGAAUCACUUACGAUAAAACCACUUUCAGACGGAAAAUUAUUGACCCAUUUUCAAUUCAAUGUGAGAACUAGUGAGAUCAAGGAAGGCAAAGCUUUCAGCCAUUAUAAGUUCUUUCCGCGCGCAAUAGGUCAAAUCAUUCAGAGCUAUAACGCGCGCGAAUUGCACUUGACGUUUACUCAAGGACGAUGGAAUUAUGAAGAUUGGGGUUAUCCUAUUGUACCGUCAGCGGGAACCGGAGUAGAGCUUUGGGCAUGGCUAUGGAAGGAUGGAAAGUUGGAUAAAAAUUGGAAAUCACUGACAAAUGCUCUUGCCGGCCUUUUCUGUGCUUCUUUAAAUUUUAUAGAUGAUACGAUUACUGUUCAACCGAAAUUAUCAUUUCGACCAGAAGGACUGUAUAAUGCUACGGAAUUAUCUGCGCGUGCUGAACUGAGAUAUGGAUCCUUACCUCAUGAGAAUGUUUGUACAGAAAAUUUGACACCAUGGAUUAAACUUCUUCCGUGUAAAUCAACAUCUGGAAUAGCAUCACUUUUGAAUGGGCACAAGCUGUAUGAUUCUAAUUUUCAUUCAAUGUCCAUUCACGUGCGGCCGGUAUGUCAGGAUUUGGAAUGUCUGGAUAGACAGUUAGAAAUUGUUCAGACUGUAUCUGCUGUUGUGGAUCCCGUAAGAAAUUCAGGGAAAAGGGAUUGGAGUUUGGAUCAGAUUUUUGGAAGACGACUUUCACAAGCUUGUCCUUUGGCCGAAGAAAGCAAAUUGGAAGUAAUAUUAUCCGAAAACGGUGAUUAUAAACUAAGUCCAGCUGUGGAUGAUGUUACUAAAAAUGACGGCGAUGCCACUAUUGCGUUAUACAAUCUCAAAACUUUACAAUUAGAAACUGAUAUUUCAAUGACAUGGAAUGAAGAUGUAUUCAAAUAUAAUCUUAAUUAUGAACAACCACGUGUUUAUGCACAUCGUUUUUUUACAGGUUACGGCCAAGAACGAGGUGGAAUUAAAGUUAAUAUAUUUAACAAAAGUACAAAUAUGACUGUGCCAAUAAUAUAUUAUGAUGUUAUACCAUGGUUCUUGAAAUUAUAUCUUCAUACGUUAAAAGUACAAAUAAAUGGAGAAGAAGUGCGAGAUAGUCCUGUAAGUCCCAUAAAAGAUUUGUAUUAUCAGCCAGCUGUGGAUCGUUCACGGCCAAAUGUUAUUGAAGCGGAAUUAUUGUUACCACCUAAUUCCAUAACGACUCUGUCAAUUAAUUUUGACAAAGUGUUUUUAAAAUAUACCGAACAUCCACCGGAUGCAAACCGUGGCUUUGACAUUGGUUCUGCGGUAAUAUCAUCUAUAGGUGAAGGUUUCAACCACUUGCACGAUUUUAUGACAAGAAAUUGCUCUGAAGACAUUCCAAAAGCAACAUGUCACCAUUUCUUUAUCCGCGUUUAUACAGAAACACUCCUUGUUAGUCUUCCUACACCAGAUUUUAGCAUGCCGUAUAAUGUUAUAACAUUAACGUGCACGGUUAUUGCGCUUUUCUUUGGGAGCACGUUUAAUUUAUUGACAAGAGAUUUUGUUGCAUUACAACCUAAUGAAGGUAAUAAAAAUAAAGAAGGUUAAGACUAAAUAUAUAGAUUUUACUAUCAACAGUAUCAUCGUCCCUGAAUAAAAAUCAAAUUUACAAUAAUCUGUAAUAAAUUAUCAGAGCAUUCAAGAGUUAAAAAUUUUUUUUUUGAUUACCUUUUUUUUACUUCACUUUGUUUCAACUUUAAUAAAUCA